AUGCGACAGCAAGCCGAGCCGAGCCUCUCAGCUGCUACAGGCACAACCUGCCCAAGCGCCUUUCCAAGCGACAAGCCCUUGAACGCUAUACCCAUGCAGACAUCGCACUAUAUGAACAUGAACAAUAUGAAGUAUGAAUCAGCUAAGUUACCAGGGCGCAUUGACAAUGUUACUGCUGAUAAUUGGAUGCCUCACCCAAUGACAAAGCUAGAAGGAUCACAGAUGAUGCCCGUAGCUGGCAGCGGUUAUACUGCUCAGCCGCCGCAGCCUCGGCUCAAUCACAGCUACGGCGCGCAGAAUUCUCCUGCCGAUCGCCCUAAUCGCCAUCGUCGCACCGAGUCAGCGGCAAGCAUCGCGAGCGCGGCCAGCAUCGCCGAUAUCAAUAUCGAUGAGACGCGAACCGAGACAGGGGUCACUGUCGAAGAGAUUGCCCAGUUCAUCCAGGGACCCGAGACGACAGACGGCAAGUGGACUUGUCUGUUCGAGGACUGCGGGAAACAGUUUGGCCGCAAAGAGAACAUCAAGUCCCACGUCCAGACACAUCUCAACGACCGCCAGUACCAGUGCCCGGCCUGCAUGAAGUGCUUUGUUCGGCAGCACGAUCUCAAGAGACACGCCAAGAUUCACACUGGGAUCAAGCCGUACCCUUGCGACUGCGGCAACAAGUUUGCGCGACAUGAUGCUCUCACGAGACACCGUCAGCGAGGCAUGUGUGUCGGCGCCUUUGAUGGCAUUGUGAGGAAGAGCGUGAAGAGAGGACGACCUAAGAAGAAUCGUCCGGAAUUGGACGCGCGACUUGAGAAAUCCGCAAAGACCAGGAAGAAAAACAUGUCCAUCAGCUCCAUCUCUUCGUUUUCGGGCUAUUCGGACAUUUCAAACGUUGGCUCUCCCGGAUAUGAACUCGAUGUGCUGGAUGAGGUGCUGGAUAUUGAAAUCGAACGUGAAGUUGAACCACCGCGCUCGGUCUCGUCGGCCCCGAUGCCCAGUCUACCCACUCCACCAGUCAACAGCACCGUCGUCGCAUCUCCUUCAACUUCAGAAGCCAGUGUGCACUCAUAUGUAUCCCCGGAAGCGAUCAUGGAGAGGGCCUCACAUCCUUCUUCUCCCGGAAAGAGCACACCAGGUCAUUACAACACGCCACCCGGUCUCUCUCAGUCAUCGUCAUCGCCGCCCUCUCAUUUCUUCGAGCUGGAUCCCGCCACAUCAACAACGGCGGAUGAAGUCGUCAGCUUCCCCGCCGGCGGCAUGAUGAUGGGCUUGACAACAAUGGGCGCACCUUUGCCCCUGAGCAUCAGCGAACAGGAAGACGAUCUACUUCGCCAGUUCACCAACGACGACAGUUUCAUCCCGCUGGAUCGUGACCAGAGCCUGAUGAUGAUGCCCAAAUUCGACGAAUUCAACGGUGUAGCCGUCAGCAUGCUCAACGACAACGGCUAUUACUUUUGA